CUGACCUAACUGGACUGCUAAAGAGGGCAAAAUGUUUUAAUUUGCCCUAAAUCAAGAACCCUGUUCACAUUGUGGUAGUCACACACUGAAUCCAAUCCCUAAAGGAACGAUUACCUGAAGAAAUCUUCCCACACAAACAUGGCAGAAUUUGAGGAAGCAGACAAUGCAGAAGCCAUAAUCACCAGAAUCGAACACAAGUCUCGCAAGAUCGAAAGCUUACUCAAACAGUACAAACCAGUGGAAGCUCUGAAGACAGCUCUUGAAGGGUCCCCUCCCAAUACCAAAGAUGAGCGCUGUAAGUCCGCGAACUGGAUUGUGGUACAUAGGGCGAUAAUGGCGAUUAAAGAUGUAGAUAGUUUGUUCUCAUCUCUUGAUCCCGAGUACUACGACGUUCUCAUGAAGUACUUAUAUAGAGGUUUAUCUACUGGAGAUCGUCCCACCUGUGAUCAAUGCUUACGAAUUCAUGAAAAGCUGACAGAGAAAGCCGGAUUAGGGUGCAUACUACGAUCUCUGGCAGACAAAGUUAACACCGUCUAGUUAUCCUUUCUUUUCCUUUAUAUUAUCCCCACAUUUGUUCUACCACAAAUCAUAAAAGAGGCCAAACUCUGUUAGCCCCUUGAAAAGGUGGUCUCUUUGUGGGUAUAGAAUAUCUCUGCAUAUUUGUACAGGAUUUCAAAUCAUAUGAAGAUUUGCCAUGGAGUUUACAACCUUGUAAUAAUUAUUGAGUGCAUGUUGGUCCUUGUACUUCGUUGCAAUCACCAAUUGUAAGGAUAAUUACACAAGCA